AUUUAAGAUAUUAUUAUUAUAUUAUUAUAGAAUACUAAAUUUAAUAAGUAAAUUUUAUUUGAGAAGAUUAUGUAAAUAUUUGAUUCUUAUUUUCUUAAAAUCAGAACACAAUAUUUAAAAAAUGGAUAACAUAAGAAAUGGAUGAUAUUAAACGCUUCGAAAUAAAUCUCAAUCGAUUCGUAUAUUACCCGGGGCAAACGAUUGGUGGUCACGUGCUGUUGGAGUUAUGUCAAAAUAUCAGAAUUAGAAAUAUUAGAGUGAAUUUGAAAUGUAAAGCACAUGUUAAACUCGAAGAGAUCAAAAGAGGUGAAAAGAGAUAUCUAAAACAGGAUCAAUAUUUCUUGGAUGACACGGAUAUUAUUUUCGGGAGAGAAUCAAUAUUAUCGCCACUACAAACCCCAAUCUCUAAUGGUAAACCACUUUCUAUCUUGAUCAAAGGCAUCCACAAAAUACCCUUCAAAUUUACGCUCCCUGAUAAUUAUUUGCCCUGCUCAUUUGAAAGCAAAUACGGACACAUUAGGUAUUUCUUAAAGGUUAUCUUAGAUAUACCUUACGCUUCACCUCCUCAAGAAAUUAAAUAUUUUACCAUUAUUGGACCGCCUCUAGAAAAUGACGAAAAACAUUAUCAACCUCUAGUUUUACAGAAAUCAAAAAAUUUAUGGUUCAUGUGCGGUUUAAGAAAAGGAACCCUCUAUCUUGACGUUAAUUUGGACCGCAUGGCCUAUUGCUGUGGCGAAAUUUUAAAAUUUAAAACAAAAAUCAUAAACAAAUCGUUUCAAAAUAUCUUCCUAGUCAUCCAACUAAUACAAAAAGUGAAUUACAAUUGCAACGGGUAUUUCAAAAGUGUUUCAUACGUCGUAACCAACAAUAUAUCUCCAAAAAUAUCUAACAACGCCAACGUUCAAAUAACAUCUUCUUCCUUUCGCAUUCUUGUACCAGUCGUUCCACCAACACUUGAGCAUAUAUGUCGGCUCAUUCAAAUAUCCUACAUUUUAAAAUUUAGCUUAGAUAUCGAGCGCUCAAAUAAACGAUUAAGUCUAGAUUUUCCCGUAAUCAUUUCCACAACUCCUCAAAUCUAUUCCAAUGCUCCUAUUCCAAAAUUAUAUUACGAACAUAGCGUCACCCAUGUAGAAGGUGGUAACUACAUUCCGCCAGAAUUUCUUGUAGGACAGGUUUAUGAUGGAGGGGCUUCUAAUAUUUUUCAAGAUGGCUCAAAGUACGGAAGUCAAAAAUCAAACUUAAAUAUGACUCCGGAAUCAUUGCUGAAGGAUUCUCUGGAAACCCUGACACUCAUAAAUAGAAACGCCUAUAAAACCUCACCGCAAACGAGUUUAGACGAAUCGCGCACCCUAUAUAAACCCGUUUAUGUUACCCUGACGUGCCCAUCUGCGAUAGUGACUAAAUCGGAAGCAAAACAAAUGUUUAACAAAGAGUUAGGUUCUACCAUAUCGAUGCUACGCAAUGGAGGCAGUGAUCAUCAUCUGGAGGUAACUAAUAUCCCAGAGAUUCAAAAAAAGAAAAAUUCAGGCUUAUUAACGAACGGAGCCUUGUAUGAUCAAAUUUGAGCCUUUUUUAUUUUAAUUAUUAUGGACACACAUUUAUUUUAAUUAUUAUGGACACACAUCGCCUCACUAUU